AUGGGAGAUGAGUCGUACCCAGAAUGCAGAGCCCAGGAGUUGUUUGAUGAGUUUGUUGCCGCAGCAACCUGCAGGGCGGUGCUGCGCUCCUUCAGCCAGCUGUGUGAACAUCUGCAGCUCGACCCAAUCACAGCUGAGCGCCCGCUGUACCGGCCAAUCAAACGCCGCCUCAACUACUGGAAGGCCAACGGCCUGUGGGCCAAACUGGACCGCCGUGCCUCCCAGGACCAGUACCUGAGGGCCCGGGCCUGCUCUGGCACCACGUGCGUGGUGGUGGGUGCGGGCCCCUGUGGUCUGAGGGCCGCUGUGGAGCUGGGCUUUCUGGGGGCCCGGGUGGUGCUGCUGGAGAAGAGAGACUCAUUCUCCAGGAACAACGUGCUGCACCUGUGGCCCUUCACCAUCCACGACCUGCGGGGCCUCGGGGCCAAAAAGUUCUACGGGAAGUUCUGUGCCGGCUCUAUCGACCACAUCAGUAUCCGGCAGCUGCAGCUCGUCCUCCUGAAGGUGGCACUGUUGUUGGGGGUCGAAGUUCAUGUCAGCGUGGAGUUCAAACAGCUGCUGGAGCCCCCCGAGGACCAGAAUCACAGUGAGGAGGUGGGCUGGAGGAUGGAGGUGGUUCCGAGGUCUCAUCCUGUCAGUCAGCUGGAGUUUAAUGUGAUCAUCGGAGCGGACGGACGCAGGAACACGCUGCCAGGUUUUAGGCGUAAAGAGUUCAGAGGGAAGCUCGCCAUCGCCAUCACAGCCAACUUCAAGAACAGGAACACCACCGCUGAGGCCAAAGUGGAGGAAAUCAGUGGAGUGGCCUUCAUCUUCAACCAGAGGUUCUUCCAGGAGCUGCGACAGGAAACGGGGAUCGACCUCGAGAACAUUGUGUACUACAAAGACGACACGCACUACUUCGUGAUGACGGCAAAGAAACAGAGUCUACUGGAGAAAGGAGUCAUUCUGCAGGACUUUGCCGACACCGAGCAGCUUCUCUCUCGGAGUAAUGUGGACCAGAAUGCAUUGCAGGCAUACGCCCGCGAGGCUGCCAACUUCUCAACCAAUCACCAGCUGCCGUCUCUGGACUUCGCCAUGAACCACUACGGCCAACCCGACGUCGCCAUGUUUGACUUCACCUGCAUGUACGCAUCAGAGCACGCCGCCAUGAUCCGCCAACGCCACGGGCACCAACUGCUGCUCACACUGGUGGGAGACAGUCUGCUGGAGCCCUUCUGGCCAAUGGGAACGGGCGUAGCUCGAGGCUUCCUGGCUGCUCUCGACUCCUCGUGGAUGAUUCGUCGAUGGGCUCAGGGAGACGUGCUAUUGGACGUCCUGGCUGAGAGAGAGAGUGUGUACCGGCUGCUCCCUCAGACGACUCCGGAGAACAUGCAGAAGAACAUCAGCCUGUUUACUCUGGACCCAGCGACCAGAUACCUGAACACCAGUCACCUGACCAGCACACCUGCACAGGUGAGACACCUGGUUGACACUGGAGAAGAGGCGGGGCUAAACUCAGACUGUGAUGACAUCAUCCAGCUGACGUCGCCUAGGUUACUGCAGCAGGAGUCCUUCUCUCAGUCCAAUCAGCUGCUGGCGUGGUGUCAGGAGCAGACUCGUGGUUACCGUGGCGUCGCCGUUAGCGACCUGACUACUUCCUGGAAGAGUGGGCUGGCUCUCUGUGCCCUGAUCCACCGCUUCAGACCCGACCUCCUUGCCUUUGACUCCCUGGACGCGGCGGCGGUGGAGGAGAACACUCGGCUGGGCUUCGACGUGUCGGAGCGAGAGUUCGGGAUCUCUCCUCUGAUGACGGUGGAGGAGAUGCUCGCUGGGGGGGAACCAGACUCUCUGACCAUGGUCAUGUUCCUCAGUCAGUUCUACCAGCUGCUCAAAGACACAGCGCCCCCCGCUGGGACCCUCUCUCAGAGUGCGGAUGUCAGACUGGCUCUCAUCGCUCCAGUUUCUCUUCUCAGCAAACGAAACCCGAAGGAACUCAGAGACGCUUUGGGUAAAAGGAGGAAAACCAGUCAAGACGAGCAGAAGGUGUUUGUGGGCGGGCCCAGAGUGCGUCUGAUGGCCAAUCAGCUGCAGGCAAAGCUGGACGAGAGAAUCUCCUCCUGCAGGAGUUCUUCUUCUUCUACUGUCCAAACACAGAGGAAACGGACCCAGCAGCAGGAGCAGAUGAGUUUUCGGUUCAGAGAGAAGAUCAGGUGUCAGUCCGCCGGCGCCGAGCAGCCACUUCCUGCCGGCAGCAGCGACGUGUGUUACUUCUGUAAGCAGAGAGUUUACGUGAUGGAGCGUCUGAGUGCUGAAGGUUUGUUCUUCCACCGAAGCUGCUUCACGUGUGACUCCUGCAGCCGCUCGCUGAGACUGGCUGAGUACGCUUACCACGCACCCAGCGGUGUCGAGGAUAGUGGACCUAAGCAGGUUCCAGUGCUCUUUGAUGUUCUCUGGGUAUUCCUGUUUGAGACUUUCUCCAAGAGAAGCCUGAAGCUGCUGCUGGGCGGCAGUUACAUUCAGGCUUUCAAGACCUUGACAGAUCGGGGUCAGGAUCCAGUGGCAUGGACUCCAAGACGACCGGUGACCGGUUUCUGCUGCAGCCUUCGUCCGCACGCUGGUGUUGCUGCAUGCCGCGUCUCUGGGGCCCACUGCUGCUCCGAGAUCCCGUACAGCUUAGCCUGGAAACCGUGGGGUACCAGUUACCGUGUGUGGCCACGAGGAGGCGAGUACGAGUCUUGGCGGUGGAGAGGCUACGUACCGGCUGAGGAGGCGAGUACGAGUCUUGGCGGUGGAGAGGCUACGUACCGGCUGAGGAGGCGAGUACGAGGAGGCGAGUACGAGUCUUGGCGGUGGAGAGGCUACGCGUCUCUGGGAUCGGCUCGCUCCUCCGCUGACUCCGGACCGACCGACCGCCAUCGCUCCUCCGCUGACUCUCUGAUCUCCGGACCGACCGACCGCCAUCGCUCCUCCGCUGACUCUCUGAUCUCCGGACCGACCGACCGCCAUCGCUCCUCCGCUGACUCUCUGAUCUCCGGACCGACCGACCGCCAUCGCUCCUCCGCUGACUCUCUGAUCUCCGGACCGACCGACCGCCGUCGCUCCUCCGCGGUGUCUCUGAUGGAGGCGGGGAGGAAGCUGCAGGCGACGCCAGAGAGGAUCGAACUGGAAAACUACCGGCGGAGCUCGAAGGUGGAGACGGAGCCGCUGGAGGAGAGCGAGGAGCCGGAGGAGGUUCCUGAGGAGCUGCUGAACCGCUUCAACCUGAGCAUGGAGGAGGAACACGCCAACAGCUCAGAGUCAGAGAUGGAGGAGGGGAGAGGCGGAGGCCGUUGGCACCGUGUGACCUCUGAGACGGAAGUGAUGUCACACCUGUGGAGCUUGACUCCACCUCCUCUGACACCACACCUGCCCUUCUGCACACCUUCACCUUCACCUGUGACUCCGCCUCUCGCCCCGACACCCUCCACCGCCUCCUUCAUCACCACACCUGACUCCGCCCCCUCCAGCUUAGAGGAUAGAGAGGAAACCCCGCCCAUACAGCUCACACCUGUGGUCGUCAUGGAAACAGCAGCUCAGGGACACGCCCCCCUACCUGCUGCAUGGGGAGGAGCCAGAGGGCGGGGCUCUUUUGAUGACAUCAGCCCUGAACUCCCGCCCCUCGUCUGCAGGAGAGGGGGGGCGGGGUCAGGCGAGGAGGGGGCGGGGCCAGGCGAGGAGGGGGGAAGGAGGAGACACAGAGGACGCACUCUCCCCCCUCAACCGCCUCAACCCCCCCUGCAGGCCGGAGGCGGGGCUCUCCUCUACCUGAGGGGUCUAUUGGAGGCUCCGCCCCUCAGACAGGUGCAGGGGGGCGCGGCUCUCAGACAGGUGCAGGGGGGCGGGGCCAGGGCCCUGUGGAGGGCGUUUUCCCUGGAAACAGGAGGAAGAGGAGGAGGGGCGGGGCUUCACUGCCAGGUGAGAAGAGGUUUCACUCUGACUGAAGACUCUGAUCUGGACUCGUUGUCUCUGCUGCAGAGGUGUUCGCUGAGUCCCCGAAAACAGCUUCGUCUGCAGCUCAUCGAUCUCACGUCUGAACUUCAAAGAGUCUCAAUAAAAGAAGAAGAAGAAGAAGAAGAAGGAGAGCAGGUUGCUUACGUUCCUCACGCACUCGCUUUUAAACGAGCGUACGCCAUCAAGAGACGGUCUCGGAGGGCCCGGGUCCAGGAGGCAGACGUGUCCUCGUGUCCCUCGGAGGUGGUCGGGGUUCUGGUCCAGACCAAGGAGCCCUCCAGUCUGAGUGUGAAGGAGACCAUGUUCCAGAGGGGACCAGAGUCCGAAGACCUGGACCCUAAGACCACCCGACGGGUUCAGAGCGCGAGAAGACAAGAACUGAAGAGACUCCACAAGGCUCAGAUGAUCCAGAGGAAGCUGCAGCAGGUCGAGGAGAAGCAGAGACAGCUGGAGGAGAGAGGAGUGAUGGUGGAGAAAACUCUGAGAGGAGAAGCAGGUACACACACACACACACACACACACACACACACACACACACAUCUGGGUGAACUGGGUGGACUGGAGAACCCGGGUCUGAUGCAGCAGUGGUUCCACCUGGUCCAGCAGAAGUCCGUUCUGGUCCUCUACGAGUCUGAGCUCAUCAUACUGGCUCGAGAGCUGCAGCUGGAGGACCGGCAGAGCCGCCUGCAGCAAGACCUCCGAGACCGGAUGGCUGUGGAGGACCACCUGAAGGAGGAGGCGGAGCUGCUGGCGGAGCGCCUGAUCCUGGAGGAGAUGCUGGAGGUGGUGGAGCAGAGAACCGCUCUGGUGUCUCUGCUGGAGGAGCAGAGGCUGCAGCAGGACCAGGACCUGGACCAGGACCUGGACCAGGACCUGGACGCCGUCAUGAUGUCCCAGGAGCUGGGUCUACACUGGACUUGA